AUGACCACAUUUGUACAAGUGCACAUGAAAGCUCAGUCGCCAGUCUGGUGUAGUGUCUGUCCGGUUUACGCACGUACUUGCAGUUAUCCAGCCACCCUAACAAUUGCUGUUCAAUUUCCCUGCCAGUGGUUGAAUGAUAAUGCUGUCAACAUGGGCGGAGACGCCACCAGGAUCACCAUAUUUGGGGAGAGCGCUGGGGCAGUCAGUGUCGGCUACCAUCUCAUGUCCCCCCUGUCCAUGCAUCUGUUUUCAUACGCUAUCUUAAUGAGUGCUUCGCCCACAGCCUAUUGGGGCAUUCAGGACACCGAAAUAGCACGGAAUCGAACCCAAACCCUUGCAUGUCUGCUGGGCUGUCGAGCUCGCGACAUGGCCGAGACGAUCGACUAUCUCAGGACAGUCAGUGCACAACUCAUCACUGAGAGACAGUUUAACUUCACCAAGUUCUACUUCGACACGCCGUUCGCCCCAGUCGUGGAUGGCCACUUCCUGCCCAAACAUCCUACUGACCUGAUGGCUGAAGGCAAGGUAAAAAACACCUCCAUUAUAUCAGGAGUGGUCAAGGAUGAGGGAACAUACUGGCUGCUGUAUGGAUUUUCAAACAUCUACGACAAGCUGGACACCUCGCCCAUGUCCUACAGCCAGUUCGCCAAAGUGGUCAGCGACAUACUCAGGCCAUUGGGCCCCCGAUUCGGGACCGACCUUAUCCAAGAACUGACCAUCAAAGAAUACUACGACUCUGUCCCUCCCUGGAGCAGGAGCUAUCUCGAUGCUACCGAUGACAUCAGCGGAGACACGCUGUUCAAGUGCCCGGUAGUCAACUUUUCCGAGCUCUACAGUAACAAGGUCAAAGGUCAUGUGUACAUGUAUUCGUUCGAACACCGGGUCAGCACCAACAGCUGGCCCCAGUGGCUGGGCGUUGCCCAUGGUUACGAGAUCGAGAUGUUCUUCGGGCUGCCUCUCGGGGAGAACAACUACACGCGCCAGGAGCGGGCCCUCAGUGAUGACGUCAUGGCCAGGAUCGCCAACUUCGCAUAUACUGGAAACCCAAACCACGGCACCAAGACAGUGGCAGUCGGGUGGACAGAGUACACAUCACAUGACCAACAUUACCUGGUCAUCAGUGCGGACAGCACGCGGGUCAGUCAGGGCCUCCGCUACAGCCAGUGUCAGUUCUGGAGCUCCCAGGUUCCCUUAGUUCUCCAAGCAGAUCACACAGUGGCACCUCUCUUAUUUGUGACACGACUAUGUGAGUUUGUUGUGUCUUUUCACCCCAGCCCAAUGAUACAUACACACACACACACUCACUCACACACACACAUACACACAAUAUAG